GAACUGGAGCUAGUGUCGGCUCCGCGGUGGUAGAACAUCCGUCCAAGAUGGCAGAGGUGGAGGAGACACUGAAACGACUUCAGAGCCAGAAGGGAGUGCAGGGCAUCAUUGUGGUGAAUACAGAAGAGUCACUGUGUAGCUCAAGCUUGCCUUGAACUCAUCAUGUUCCUCCUUCCUCAACCUCCCAAGUGCUGGGAUUACAUCUGCAUGCUACCAGGCAUUCCCAUCAAGAGUACCAUGGACAAUCCCACCACUACACAGUACGCCAGCCUCAUGCACAACUUUAUCUUGAAGGCUCGGAGCACAGUGCGUGAAAUUGACCCCCAGAAUGACCUGACCUUCCUUCGAAUUCGUUCCAAGAAAAAUGAAAUUAUGGUUGCACCAGAUAAAGACUAUUUCCUGAUUGUGAUUCAGAAUCCAACAGAAUAAGCCACUCUUGGCUCCCUGUUCAUUCCUUAAUUUAAUGCCCUCCAAGAAUUAUCAUGUCAGCUGACCAUAACAUAAAGAUCACCAUAGAUCCCUUAUAAGCCAAUCCAAUGACCAAGGGUGGGUUGGCAGCUCCCCCACCACUACCACCAGGGGGAGUAAUCUCCCCGCCCCCUCAGGCCCCAGAGCUCCCAGACACUGCUCUUCCUUCCCUUCCAGGCUUUGGAGCUGCAGCUUAGGAGAAACUCCCACAUGGCUUCCUUCUGACCUUCAGUUCACUGUUGCCCUUUGGAAAGGUUGUUUUUCUGUAACUAAAAAUAACCAAGCCACUU